GCAAAAUCAAUCGAGUUUAGCAAUGGUAUCACAGCAAGGAGGUCCACGCCGUCGCGCUGCAGGUGCAUGUUGCCCCACCGGUAAGUGAGACCGCCAUGAAAUCAACUUCUGCAGGACAGCAGCAAACCUGGUUUCUCGCUGAAGCCGCUUCCCCAUCCUGAGUUUGGUGCCGUGAGGAGAUCCACCCUCCGUUCUCUGCACGAGCUGCAUUUUGCACUUUGAUUCGCCACUGCCCUGUCCGCCAGCUCGCCUACAAUUCAAAUUGCCAGGCAUCCACGAAGUUAAACGGGAGCGCAACGAUGCAAGCCAUGCUCAACCACCAGGAGCACCAACCCAAUCUCCUGCCGAGCCGGCCGGCGAAGCCGACCGAGUCACGGCGUGCUCCGCCGUCGCAGGAUCGGCCGUUCGCUUGUCCGAUCCCGACCUGCGGCGGCCGGUUCCACCGCAAAUUCACGCUACACGAACACAUGAAGACACACACGGGCGAGCAGCCCCACCACUGUCCCGUUGAGGGCUGUGGCAAGCGGUUCAGCACCUCGGGCAACCUCGCACGGCACAGGAAGCUGCACUCCGUUCAGAAGCUCAAUUGCCCGACGCCGCACUGCUCCAGGGAAUUCACGAGCCGCGAAAAGCUCAUGAGACACAUCAAGGUCCACCUCGCGGGCACGCCGCACACCUGCAAUACCGAAGGCUGUGGCAAGACCUUCAGCACGGCUGGAAACCUGACCCGGCACCGACGAACGCGGCACAACGCUCCUCCAGCCAACCGUACUGCUGGACUGGAGCUUCCGCGUCAGCCGCCCAUGUUAAAGAGCUUUCCUUUCCCUGAACAGCAACAGCGUCAGUUUCCCAUGGAAGGGUUUCCCAACCGGAUGGUGCAGUACCCGGUCGUCCCUGGUGCCAUGCUCGUGAAGGCCCCGGUGUGGUCCGCCGUACCACCCCAAGAAGCGGUAGCACCGAGACCUUCAUACAACCGCAUCUCCGAUCAAGAUGUGCGGGACCUGCUGGAUUGCCUGUUUGUCGAGAAUCCUGCAGGGACGCUUGUCAAUAAUGUGGGCGGCAUCAUCCGCAGCGAGCCAUUCCUCCGCGGGGCUUACCACCAGUGAGCGUAGUUGUGUCGAUGAAGUUAUUAAGGCCGAACGGAUGACUGGCCUCCUUCUUAAUGUAUCACUUUGGUUGAUAUUCCCCGUUCCUUUUUACCAUUAAUCGAACACGCACC